ACUGCAUCUGUCUCGGUAAUGCUAACUGCAUCAGUUAGCUAUGGGGCCCCUAAAUCUAUUAUUAAUUUUAAUCUGGAUAAGUGGCAUCUACACUUUUGGAAAUACUGAUAAUAGGAAUGAUUUUAUUGAACAUGAUGCUGCAGUGAUAACUGCUUGUGACUUCAAUGACAACAGAUUUCCCUUCUGUGAUUUUCGGCAAGACACUGAAGAUGAGAGUGAAUGGAUUCGCCAUAAGGGUCCCACACCCACAACUGGCACUGGACCCAGUGGGGACUAUCCUGAUGGCAAUGGCUAUUACAUAUACCAAGAAGCAGAUAAUGUUAGUAAUGGACAGAAAGCACGCCUGCUCAGUCCUGUGUUAAGCUCCACACCAGCUCAGAUUUGUGUGCAGUUUCGGUACUACAUGUAUGGUGCAGAUGACAGCAACACUUUGACACUGCUGGCCAAGUAUCCUGUUGCAGAGGAACUACUAUGGCAGAAAACUGGGAUACAGAGUCCGUCAUGGCUUGGAGCAGCUGUUACUGUGUCCAAACCAGCAGAACAGUCUGUUGAAAUUGUAUUUGAAGCAAAGCGUGGGUUCUCCUCAUCAUGCGAUACAGCCUUGGACAACAUUAACAUCACAGAGGGCGCUUGUCCUGGGUGUAUAUCUCAGUGUGACUUUGAUGAAGCUGAUGAGCUCUGUGGAUGGACAACCGACACCUCAGAUCCAGCACUGUCUGGUUGGACUUUUUGGAAUGGACCCACUGAAAUACCUGAUACAGGUCCUGAUGAUGAUUUCUCCAAACCAGGCUUGGGACAAUAUCUCUUGAUGGAUUCCUCUGAUAGUAUCCCAGGGGCCUCAGCUCAACUGUGGAGUCCAUCUAUACCAGUGCCAUCUUCAAACUGCCUGCAGCUGAACUUUCAUUACUAUAUGUAUGGCACUGCUGCAGACAUGGAACUUAAUGUCCAUGUUGUCAUCAGUGGAGGAACACUGGGGUACCCUGUUUUUAGCAUCAAAGGAAACCAAGGACAAGGUUGGAAGCCAGCAGAGGUCAAAUACACCACCACAAGAGAUAUACAGUUUGUAAUUGUUGGUGUGUAUGGAAGUACAGCAGAAACAGACAUUGCAAUAGACAGUGUGUGCAUCACAACCUGUGAUGCUGUAACAUCAACAACCACAAAGCCGACAACACCUGUUUCGACUCCAAAACCUACAACUCCACAGCCUUCCACACCUAAACCAACAACAGCAAAACCCACAACAGCUCAGCCAUCAACACCAAAGCCCUCCACACCUCAGCCCACAACUCCAAAACCAACUUCUCCUACACUGCCAACAACAACACCAGUGAAAUGUCCUCCUGAUGCUGAAUACAUAGAGUGUGGUCCAGCUUGCAUUCCCAGCUGCCAAGAACCCUCCACCAACUGCACUGGCUCCUGUAUCAGUGGCUGCUUUUGCAAACCAGGUUUUGUGUUCAAGGGAAAACGCUGUGUUCCUAUUGAGACUUGUGGAUGUCUGGAUGAAGACAAUAACUACUAUGAGCCGGGAGAGAUUGUCUUUGGGAACGGCUGCUCCAAACUGUGUCGCUGUGCAGGCAAUUAUACCUUGAGCUGUGUGGACAACAGCUGUGACCCCACAGAAGAAUGUCGGGAAGUGGGAGGAAUCCAUGGCUGCUAUCCUAAAGACACCUCGACUUGUAUCGCCUCAGGUGACCCACACUACACCACCUUUGAUAAGAAAUACUAUGACUUCAUGGGCAACUGCACUUACUUGAUGACGGAGCCAUGUAACAGCACAGACGUGCCUCACUUCGCUGUCUAUGUUGAUAAUGAGAAUCGCUACAACAUUCCCACGGUCAGUUAUGUGAGUGCUGUCCAUGUCCAUGCUCUGGGAGUGAAGGUGUCCAUCCUGAAAGGAGGAGAUGUGCAGGUGAAUGGAACCAAAGUGAACAUCCCACUGAGCCCUGUUGCUGGAGUGGACAUCUUCAAACAGGGGACACUCUACACAGUGUCCAUGAAGUUUGGUGUGACAGUUCGCUACGAUGGAAACCACUACAUGGACAUCAGAGUUAUCAAAGACUACAAGGACAAGCUUUGUGGCCUGUGUGGAGACUACAAUGGCAACAUUAAUGAUGACUUCCGUACCCCCACCGGUGAACUGGUCAACAGUCCAACUGAGUUUGGCAACAGCUGGAACACAGACCCUGACUGCAAUAAAACCCCAGUCGACCCAAAUCCAGGCUGCACAGACAAAGAUCAGGACCUUUAUGAGAGUCCCGCUUAUUGUGGAAUUAUAUUGGACAGCAAAGGCCCAUUUGCAGUUUGUCACCCAAAAGUCAACCCUAAUAGCUUCUUCCAAAACUGUGUGUUUGACCUGUGUGCAUUGGGUGGCCCUAACUCUGCAUUGUGUGAAGCCAUGGAAGCUUACGUAAAUGAGUGUCAAGACCGUGGUGUCAGCAUCGGACCAUGGAGGAACAGUACCUUCUGCCCUCUUAUAUGCCCACCCAACAGCCACUACAACCCCUGCGUGUCUCCAUGCCAGCCCUCCUGUAGCCCUCCUCUACCCAGCCAGUGCACUGGACCCUGUUCUGAGGGGUGUGAGUGUGACCCUGGAUACGUACUCAGUGGUGGCAAGUGUGUGAAGGAAAACACAUGUGGCUGCAUGCAUAACGGACAAUAUUACCAGCCGGGAGACAAGUUCUACACUAAGGACUGUGAGCUGCUGUGCAAAUGUGACCCUCCAUUCGUCACCUGCAGUGCUGCUGAAUGCCCUCCCAUGCAGCAGUGUGGUGUGCAGGGAGGAGAAAUAGGAUGCUACCCAGUUGACUCACAGGACUGUAUCAUAUCUGGUGACCCCCAUUACAACACCUUUGAUGGUAAAUUCUACACCUUCAUGGGCACCUGCACCUACACCCUGGCCCACACCUGCAGAAACAACACUGGCCCCUGGUUCUCUGUGGAGGGAAAAAAUGAAGAGAGAGGAAUCACUGGUGUAUCUUAUCUUAAGAAGCUGUAUGUGACUGUCAACGGUAUCACUGUAACGAUGAUGAAGAGCAGAACCACUCUGGUGAAUGGUCGUAAAGUAGCUCUACCCCACUCUCCCUCUCCUCUAAUCUCAUUAACUUCAGCUGGGCAGUAUGUUAUCCUCAGCACUACUUUUGGUCUGGAGGUGCGCUGGGAUGGCAACCAUUAUGCUAAGAUCACUGUGCCCAGUACUUACUAUGAUCAGAUGUGUGGUUUGUGUGGAGACUACAACGGAAACCCCAACAAUGAUUUUACGAAGCCAGACGGUUCCCUGGCUGGCAGCUCAGAUCAGUUUGGCAACAGCUGGCAAGCUGAUAAAGAUGAAGAUGAAACAUGCAAGCCUGAUGUCACACCUGAUCCACCGUGUGACCCAAUUUUGGAGGCUGAAGUGUCUAAACCAGAGAAAUGUGGAAAAAUCACUAACACUGCAGGACCGUUCAGGGAUUGUAUAAAGGUGGUGGACCCUCUGCCAUUCUUCCAGAGCUGUGUGUUUGAUAUGUGCCGCUAUGAUGGACUGCUGCAAACUCUGUGUGACCAACUCCAGGCUUAUACUGAUGCCUGUCUCGGUGCCGGAGCUCCAGUGCAUCAGUGGAGGGAGCCAGACUUCUGCCCUCUGGUUUGUCCCCCUAACAGCCAUUACUCUACAUGUGUGAGUUCAUGUCCAGAGACAUGUGUGGGUGUGAGCGGCCCACCUGGCUGUGGACAGAAGUGUGUUGAAGGCUGCAAGUGUGACCCUGGCUUUGUUCUGAGUGACAACAAGUGUGUACCUCUAAAAGACUGUGGCUGUGUGGACCCUGAAGGCUCCUACCACCCUGUGAAUGAGAGCUGGUACCUGGAAGGCUGUGAACACAAGUGUGUGUGUCUAAGUGGACGAACCAUUCUAUGCUACAACACCAGCUGCUUACCUUCAGAGACCUGCCAAGUGCUGGAUGGAUUGUACAUCUGUAAACCUAAUGAUGGACACACAACAAAACCGCCAACACCCCAGCCACCAACCCCACAGACUCCCACGCCUAAACCCACGACUCCAAAACCAACGUCUCCUACACUGCCAACAACAACACCAGUAGUGAAGUGUCCUCCUGAUGCUGAAUACAUAGAGUGUGGUCCAGCUUGCAUUCCCAGCUGUCAAGAACCCUCCACCAACUGCACUGGCUCCUGUAUCAGUGGCUGCUUCUGCAAACCAGGUUUUGUGUUCAAGGGAAAACGCUGUGUUCCUAUUGAGACUUGUGGAUGUCUGGAUGAAGACAAUAACUACUAUGAGCCGGGAGAGAUUGUCUUUGGGAACGGCUGCUCCAAACUGUGUCGCUGUGCAGGCAAUUAUACCUUGAGCUGUGUGGACAACAGCUGUGACCCCACAGAAGAAUGUCGGGAAGUGGGAGGAAUCCAUGGCUGCUAUCCUAAAGACACCUCGACUUGUAUCGCCUCAGGUGACCCACACUACACCACCUUUGAUAAGAAAUACUAUGACUUCAUGGGCAACUGCACUUACUUGAUGACGGAGCCAUGUAACAGCACAGACGUGCCUCACUUCGCUGUCUAUGUUGAUAAUGAGAAUCGCUACAACAUUCCCACGGUCAGUUAUGUGAGUGCUGUCCAUGUUCAUGCUCUGGGAGUGAAGGUGUCCAUCCUGAAAGGAGGAGAUGUGCAGGUGAAUGGAACCAAAGUGAACAUACCACUGAGUCCUGUUGCUGGAGUGGACAUCUUCAAACAGGGGACACUCUACACAGUGUCCAUGAAGUUUGGUGUGACAGUUCGCUACGAUGGAAACCACUACAUGGACAUCAAAGUUAUCAAAGACUACAAGGACAAGCUUUGUGGCCUGUGUGGAGACUACAAUGGCAACAUUAAUGAUGACUUCCGUACCCCCACCGGUGAACUGGUCAACAGUCCAACUGAGUUUGGCAACAGCUGGAACACAGACCCUGACUGCAAUAAAACCCCAGUCGACCCAAAUCCAGGCUGCACAGACAAAGAUCAGGACCUUUAUGAGAGUCCCGCUUAUUGUGGAAUUAUAUUGGACAGCAAAGGCCCAUUUGCAGUUUGUCACCCAAAAGUCAACCCUAAUAGCUUCUUCCAAAACUGUGUGUUUGACCUGUGUGCAUUGGGUGGCCCUAACUCCGCAUUGUGUGAAGCCAUUGAAGCUUACGUAAAUGAGUGUCAAGACCGUGGUGUCAGCAUCGGACCAUGGAGGAACAGUACCUUCUGCCCUCUUAUAUGCCCACCCAACAGCCACUACAACCCCUGCGUGUCUCCAUGCCAGCCCUCCUGUAGCCCUCCUCUACCCAGCCAGUGCACUGGACCCUGUUCUGAGGGGUGUGAGUGUGACCCUGGAUACGUACUCAGUGGUGGCAAGUGUGUGAAGGAAAACACAUGUGGCUGCAUGCAUAACGGACAAUAUUACCAGCCGGGUGACAAGUUCUACACUAAGGACUGUGAGCUGCUGUGCAAAUGUGACCCUCCAUUUGUCACCUGCAGUGCUGCUGAAUGCCCUCCCAUGCAGCAGUGUGGUGUGCAGGGAGGAGAAAUAGGAUGCUACCCAGUUGACUCACAGGACUGUAUCAUAUCUGGUGACCCCCAUUACAACACCUUUGAUGGUAAAUUCUACACCUUCAUGGGCACCUGCACCUACACCCUGGCCCGCACCUGCAGAAACAACACUGGCCCCUGGUUCUCUGUGGAGGGAAAAAAUGAAGAGAGAGGAAUCACUGGUGUAUCUUAUCUUAAGAAGCUGUAUGUGACUGUCAACGGUAUCACUGUAACGAUGAUGAAGAGCAGAACCACUCUGGUGAACGGUCGUAAAGUAGCUCUACCCCACUCUCCCUCUCUUCUAAUCUCAUUAACUUCAGCUGGGCAGUAUGUUAUCCUCAGCACUACUUUUGGUCUGGAGGUGCGCUGGGAUGGCAACCAUUAUGCUAAGAUCACUGUGCCCAGUACUUACUAUGAUCAGAUGUGUGGUUUGUGUGGAGACUACAACGGAAACCCCAACAACGAUUUUACGAAGCCAGACGGUUCCCUGGCUGGCAGCUCAGAUCAGUUUGGCAACAGCUGGCAAACCGAUAAAGAUGAAGAUGAAACGUGCAAGCCUGAUGUCACACCUGAUCCACCGUGUGACCCAAGUUUGGAGGCUGAAGUGUCUAAACCAGAGAAAUGUGGAAAAAUCACUGACACUGCAGGACCGUUCAGGGAUUGUAUAAAGGUGGUGGACCCUCUGCCGUUCUUCCAGAGCUGUGUGUUUGAUAUGUGCCGCUAUGAUGGACUGCUGCAAACUCUGUGUGACCAACUCCAGGCUUAUACUGAUGCCUGUCUUGGUGCCGGAGCUCCAGUGCAUCAGUGGAGGGAGCCAGACUUCUGCCCUCUGGUUUGUCCCCCUAACAGCCACUACUCUACGUGUGUGAGUUCAUGUCCAGAGACAUGUGUGGGUGUGAGCGGCCCACCUGGCUGUGGACAGAAGUGUGUUGAAGGCUGCAAGUGUGACCCUGGCUUUGUUCUGAGUGACAACAAGUGUGUACCUCUAAAAGACUGUGGCUGUGUGGACCCUGAAGGCUCCUACCACCCUGUGAAUGAGAGCUGGUACCUGGAAGGCUGUGAACACAAGUGUGUGUGUCUAAGUGGACGAACCAUUCUAUGCUACAACACCAGUUGUUUACCUACAGAGACCUGCCAACUGCUGGAUGGAGUGUACAUCUGUAAACCUAAUGAUGGACACACAACAAAACCGCCAACACCCCAGCCGCCAACCCCACAGACUCCCACGCCUAAACCCACGACUCCAAAACCAACGUCUCCUACACUGCCAACAACAACACCAGUAGUGAAGUGUCCUCCUGAUGCUGAAUACAUAGAGUGUGGUCCAGCUUGCAUUCCCAGCUGUCAAGAACCCUCCACCAACUGCACUGGCUCCUGUAUCAGUGGCUGCUUCUGCAAACCAGGUUUUGUGUUCAAGGGAAAACGCUGUGUUCCUAUUGAGACUUGUGGAUGUCUGGAUGAAGACAAUAACUACUAUGAGCCGGGAGAGAUUGUCUUUGGGAACGGCUGCUCCAAACUGUGUCGCUGUGCAGGCAAUUAUACCUUGAGCUGUGUGGACAACAGCUGUGACCCCACAGAAGAAUGUCGGGAAGUGGGAGGAAUCCAUGGCUGCUAUCCUAAAGACACCUCGACUUGUAUCGCCUCAGGUGACCCACACUACACCACCUUUGAUAAGAAAUACUAUGACUUCAUGGGCAACUGCACUUACUUGAUGACGGAGCCAUGUAACAGCACAGACGUGCCUCACUUCGCUGUCUAUGUUGAUAAUGAGAAUCGCUACAACAUUCCCACGGUCAGUUAUGUGAGUGCUGUCCAUGUUCAUGCUCUGGGAGUGAAGGUGUCCAUCCUGAAAGGAGGAGAUGUGCAGGUGAAUGGAACCAAAGUGAACAUACCACUGAGUCCUGUUGCUGGAGUGGACAUCUUCAAACAGGGGACACUCUACACAGUGUCCAUGAAGUUUGGUGUGACAGUUCGCUACGAUGGAAACCACUACAUGGACAUCAAAGUUAUCAAAGACUACAAGGACAAGCUUUGUGGCCUGUGUGGAGACUACAAUGGCAACAUUAAUGAUGACUUCCGUACCCCCACCGGUGAACUGGUCAACAGUCCAACUGAGUUUGGCAACAGCUGGAACACAGACCCUGACUGCAAUAAAACCCCAGUCGACCCAAAUCCAGGCUGCACAGACAAAGAUCAGGACCUUUAUGAGAGUCCCGCUUAUUGUGGAAUUAUAUUGGACAGCAAAGGCCCAUUUGCAGUUUGUCACCCAAAAGUCAACCCUAAUAGCUUCUUCCAAAACUGUGUGUUUGACCUGUGUGCAUUGGGUGGCCCUAACUCCGCAUUGUGUGAAGCCAUUGAAGCUUACGUAAAUGAGUGUCAAGACCGUGGUGUCAGCAUCGGACCAUGGAGGAACAGUACCUUCUGCCCUCUUAUAUGCCCACCCAACAGCCACUACAACCCCUGCGUGUCUCCAUGCCAGCCCUCCUGUAGCCCUCCUCUACCCAGCCAGUGCACUGGACCCUGUUCUGAGGGGUGUGAGUGUGACCCUGGAUACGUACUCAGUGGUGGCAAGUGUGUGAAGGAAAACACAUGUGGCUGCAUGCAUAACGGACAAUAUUACCAGCCGGGUGACAAGUUCUACACUAAGGACUGUGAGCUGCUGUGCAAAUGUGACCCUCCAUUCGUCACCUGCAGUGCUGCUGAAUGCCCUCCCAUGCAGCAGUGUGGUGUGCAGGGAGGAGAAAUAGGAUGCUACCCAGUUGACUCACAGGACUGUAUCAUAUCUGGUGACCCCCAUUACAACACCUUUGAUGGUAAAUUCUACACCUUCAUGGGCACCUGCACCUACACCCUGGCCCGCACCUGCAGAAACAACACUGGCCCCUGGUUCUCUGUGGAGGGAAAAAAUGAAGAGAGAGGAAUCACUGGUGUAUCUUAUCUUAAGAAGCUGUAUGUGACUGUCAACGGUAUCACUGUAACGAUGAUGAAGAGCAGAACCACUCUGGUGAACGGUCGUAAAGUAGCUCUACCCCACUCUCCCUCUCUUCUAAUCUCAUUAACUUCAGCUGGGCAGUAUGUUAUCCUCAGCACUACUUUUGGUCUGGAGGUGCGCUGGGAUGGCAACCAUUAUGCUAAGAUCACUGUGCCCAGUACUUACUAUGAUCAGAUGUGUGGUUUGUGUGGAGACUACAACGGAAACCCCAACAACGAUUUUACGAAGCCAGACGGUUCCCUGGCUGGCAGCUCAGAUCAGUUUGGCAACAGCUGGCAAACCGAUAAAGAUGAAGAUGAAACGUGCAAGCCUGAUGUCACACCUGAUCCACCGUGUGACCCAAGUUUGGAGGCUGAAGUGUCUAAACCAGAGAAAUGUGGAAAAAUCACUGACACUGCAGGACCGUUCAGGGAUUGUAUAAAGGUGGUGGACCCUCUGCCGUUCUUCCAGAGCUGUGUGUUUGAUAUGUGCCGCUAUGAUGGACUGCUGCAAACUCUGUGUGACCAACUCCAGGCUUAUACUGAUGCCUGUCUUGGUGCCGGAGCUCCAGUGCAUCAGUGGAGGGAGCCAGACUUCUGCCCUCUGGUUUGUCCCCCUAACAGCCACUACUCUACGUGUGUGAGUUCAUGUCCAGAGACAUGUGUGGGUGUGAGCGGCCCACCUGGCUGUGGACAGAAGUGUGUUGAAGGCUGCAAGUGUGACCCUGGCUUUGUUCUGAGUGACAACAAGUGUGUACCUCUAAAAGACUGUGGCUGUGUGGACCCUGAAGGCUCCUACCACCCUGUGAAUGAGAGCUGGUACCUGGAAGGCUGUGAACACAAGUGUGUGUGUCUAAGUGGACGAACCAUUCUAUGCUACAACACCAGUUGUUUACCUACAGAGACCUGCCAACUGCUGGAUGGAGUGUACAUCUGUAAACCUAAUGAUGGACACACAACAAAACCGCCAACACCCCAGCCGCCAACCCCACAGACUCCCACGCCUAAACCCACGACUCCAAAACCAACGUCUCCUACACUGCCAACAACAACACCAGUAGUGAAGUGUCCUCCUGAUGCUGAAUACAUAGAGUGUGGUCCAGCUUGCAUUCCCAGCUGUCAAGAACCCUCCACCAACUGCACUGGCUCCUGUAUCAGUGGCUGCUUCUGCAAACCAGGUUUUGUGUUCAAGGGAAAACGCUGUGUUCCUAUUGAGACUUGUGGAUGUCUGGAUGAAGACAAUAACUACUAUGAGCCGGGAGAGAUUGUCUUUGGGAACGGCUGCUCCAAACUGUGUCGCUGUGCAGGCAAUUAUACCUUGAGCUGUGUGGACAACAGCUGUGACCCCACAGAAGAAUGUCGGGAAGUGGGAGGAAUCCAUGGCUGCUAUCCUAAAGACACCUCGACUUGUAUCGCCUCAGGUGACCCACACUACACCACCUUUGAUAAGAAAUACUAUGACUUCAUGGGCAACUGCACUUACUUGAUGACGGAGCCAUGUAACAGCACAGACGUGCCUCACUUCGCUGUCUAUGUUGAUAAUGAGAAUCGCUACAACAUUCCCACGGUCAGUUAUGUGAGUGCUGUCCAUGUUCAUGCUCUGGGAGUGAAGGUGUCCAUCCUGAAAGGAGGAGAUGUGCAGGUGAAUGGAACCAAAGUGAACAUACCACUGAGCCCUGUUGCUGGAGUGGACAUCUUCAAACAGGGGACACUCUACACAGUGUCCAUGAAGUUUGGUGUGACAGUUCGCUACGAUGGAAACCACUACAUGGACAUCAAAGUUAUCAAAGACUACAAGGACAAGCUUUGUGGCCUGUGUGGAGACUACAAUGGCAACAUUAAUGAUGACUUCCGUACCCCCACCGGUGAACUGGUCAACAGUCCAACUGAGUUUGGCAACAGCUGGAACACAGACCCUGACUGCAAUAAAACCCCAGUCGACCCAAAUCCAGGCUGCACAGACAAAGAUCAGGACCUUUAUGAGAGUCCCGCUUAUUGUGGAAUUAUAUUGGACAGCAAAGGCCCAUUUGCAGUUUGUCACCCAAAAGUCAACCCUAAUAGCUUCUUCCAAAACUGUGUGUUUGACCUGUGUGCAUUGGGUGGCCCUAACUCCGCAUUGUGUGAAGCCAUGGAAGCUUACGUAAAUGAGUGUCAAGACCGUGGUGUCAGCAUCGGACCAUGGAGGAACAGUACCUUCUGCCCUCUUAUAUGCCCACCCAACAGCCACUACAACCCCUGCGUGUCUCCAUGCCAGCCCUCCUGUAGCCCUCCUCUACCCAGCCAGUGCACUGGACCCUGUUCUGAGGGGUGUGAGUGUGACCCUGGAUACGUACUCAGUGGUGGCAAGUGUGUGAAGGAAAACACAUGUGGCUGCAUGCAUAACGGACAAUAUUACCAGCCGGGUGACAAGUUCUACACUAAGGACUGUGAGCUGCUGUGCAAAUGUGACCCUCCAUUCGUCACCUGCAGUGCUGCUGAAUGCCCUCCCAUGCAGCAGUGUGGUGUGCAGGGAGGAGAAAUAGGAUGCUACCCAGUUGACUCACAGGACUGUAUCAUAUCUGGUGACCCCCAUUACAACACCUUUGAUGGUAAAUUCUACACCUUCAUGGGCACCUGCACCUACACCCUGGCCCGCACCUGCAGAAACAACACUGGCCCCUGGUUCUCUGUGGAGGGAAAAAAUGAAGAGAGAGGAAUCACUGGUGUAUCUUAUCUUAAGAAGCUGUAUGUGACUGUCAACGGUAUCACUGUAACGAUGAUGAAGAGCAGAACCACUCUGGUGAACGGUCGUAAAGUAGCUCUACCCCACUCUCCCUCUCUUCUAAUCUCAUUAACUUCAGCUGGGCAGUAUGUUAUCCUCAGCACUACUUUUGGUCUGGAGGUGCGCUGGGAUGGCAACCAUUAUGCUAAGAUCACUGUGCCCAGUACUUACUAUGAUCAGAUGUGUGGUUUGUGUGGAGACUACAACGGAAACCCCAACAACGAUUUUACAAAGCCAGAUGGUUCCCUGGCUGGCAGCUCAGAUCAGUUUGGCAACAGCUGGCAAACUGAUAAAGAUGAAGAUGAAACGUGCAAGCCUGAUGUCACACCUGAUCCACCAUGUGACCCAAGUUUGGAGGCUGAAGUGUCUAAACCAGAGAAAUGUGGAAAAAUCACUGACACUGCAGGACCGUUCAGGGAUUGUAUAAAGGUGGUGGACCCUCUGCCAUUCUUCCAGAGCUGUGUGUUUGAUAUGUGCCGCUAUGAUGGACUGCUGCAAACUCUGUGUGACCAACUCCAGGCUUAUACUGAUGCCUGUCUCGGUGCCGGAGCUCCAGUGCAUCAGUGGAGGGAGCCAGACUUCUGCCCUCUGGUUUGUCCCCCUAACAGCCACUACUCUACAUGUGUGAGUUCAUGUCCAGAAACAUGUGUGGGUGUGAGCGGCCCACCUGGCUGUGGACAGAAGUGUGUUGAAGGCUGCAAGUGUGACCCUGGCUUUGUUCUGAGCGACAACAAGUGUGUACCUCUAAAAGACUGUGGCUGUGUGGACCCUGAAGGCUCCUACCACCCUGUGAAUGAGAGCUGGUACCUGGAAGGCUGUGAACACAAGUGUGUGUGUCUAAGUGGAAGAAUCAUUCAUUGCUACAACACCAGUUGUUUACCUACAGAGACCUGCCAGCUGCUGGAUGGAGUGUACAUCUGUAAACCAAAGGAGCCUACAGUUCCAGGAAUCUGUUCUGUGUCUGGGGACCCCCACUACACCUCUUUUGAUAAAAGGGUCCAUCAUUUCAUGGGCUCCUGCUCAUAUACCCUCACCAAGCCCUGCAGUGAGACAUCAGGGAUACCCUACUUUACUGUUGACACUCAGAAUGAACACAGGAGCAAUAACAAGAAAGUGUCCUAUGUGAAAUCAGUCAUCAUCAAUGUGUAUGGAAGUAAGAUUAUCUUGGACAAAGGCCGUAAAGUCCAGGUAAAUGGAGUUCGGGUGACUGUGCCCAUCAAUCUGUCAAAUGGUCUGAAAAUUUUCCUUAGUGGAAAGUUUGUAGUGCUGGAGACAAACUUUGGCCUGCGUGUUCGCUUUGAUGGCAAUCACUAUGCCGAUGUCAGUCUUCCCUCCUCUUAUAAAGGCUUGUUGUGUGGAAUGUGUGGAAAUUACAACGACAACCCAACAGAUGACAACAUUAUGUCAGAUGGCAAGCCUACCAGCAACACCAAUGAGCUUGGGGAGAGCUGGCAGGUGCCUGAUGAAAGACCAGAUUGUUCACAUGAUGGUGGAGAUAUUGAAUGUAAUAAAGAUAUUGAGAGUGAAGCUAAGAAACCAACCAGCUGUGGAAUGAUCACUGAUCCUGAUGGAAUCUUCAAAUCAUGCCAUAACGUUGUGCCGCCUGACCCAUACUUUGAGAACUGCAUGUUUGACCAGUGUGGCACAGGUGGAGCUACUGUGGCCCUCUGUCAGGCUAUUGAGAGCUAUGCUGACCUCUGUGCUCAAGCUGGGGUGCCAGUUAACUGGAGGAACAAUACUUUCUGUCCCCUGAAAUGUCCUGUUGGCAGUCACUAUGAGCACUGUGCUACUGCAUGCCCCCCCAGCUGUCAGGAUCCUGGUUCAGCCAGCACAUGCACACAACCAUGUGUAGAAGGAUGUGUUUGCAAUGAAGGAUUGAUAUUGAGUGGAGACAAAUGUGUGCCCUUCAGUCAGUGUGGAUGUACUGAUAAGAACAGCAACUACAGACCGGUGGGCGAAAGCUGGUUUACUAAGGAUGACUGCUCUGAACGCUGCAUGUGUUAUCCUUUGAACAAUGUGACAUGUGAAGCAUGGAAGUGUAGCCCUGCACAGGAGUGUAAAGUUCAUGAAGGCCAGCUGGGCUGUGUGGAUACAGGAGUUGGUAUUUGCCACAUAGCUGGUGAUCCUCAUUACUACACCUUUGAUGGUAUCAUGCAUACCUACAUGGGCACGUGUACCUACACUUUGGUGGAAGUGUGCAACAGUUCCAUGGUGACUCCAUUUACCAUUGUGGCCAAAAAUGAAGAGCGUGGCCAGCCUGAAGCCUCAUACGUUCGUUCUGUCACUGUCUACCUUCCUGGAGCAAACAUCACACUAAGCAAGAGCAAGAGAGUACUGCUGGAUGGCCAAAGAAUUCGUACCCCCAUGGACAUUGCUGUAGCCAAGGCCAGGGUGUUUACCAGUGGAGUCAACAGCGUUCUGUCCACUGACUUUGGCCUAAUUGUACAGUUUGAUGGUGUUCACCAUGUAGAGAUCACAGUACCUGGAGACUACUUCAACAAGGUAUGUGGUAUGUGUGGUAACUACAAUGGUAAUUUCAGUGAUGAUGACUUGAUGCCAAAUGGCCAGCCAGCUAAAGAUGUUAUAGAGUUAGGCAACAGCUGGAAGGCAAAGGGAGACAGCGAUCCAGGAUGCCAGCCAGACACACGUCCCGAUGUCCACCCAAACUGCACAGACACGGAAGAGGAGGUCAUCCGCAAUCAGUGUACCAGCAUUAUCAUGUCAAACAAGUUCAAGCCCUGCCACUCGCUCAUCCCUCCUACGCCCUUCAUAGAGAACUGCAUUUAUGACAUGUGCGAGUACAAUGGCAUGGAGUCCACACUGUGUGAUAAUGUGGCAGCAUAUGCCCAGGCCUGUCAGAGUGCUGGUGUUACCAUCAGCUGGAGGAACACUACCUUCUGCCCUCUUCCAUGCCCACCAAACAGCCACUACUCAGACUGCACACCACCAUGCCCUCCCACCUGUGCAGACCUUUUCCCCAUUUUCUGCCCCCUGCCACCAAAUGGCUGUGUGGAAGGCUGCCAGUGUAACGCAGGCUUUGUGCUGAGUGAUGGAAAGUGUGUGCCAUUGUCCAACUGUGGAUGCGUGGACAGCAAAGGAGAAUAUCAUGAUGUUGGGGAUUCUUGGCUGACAGAACAUUGUGACCAGAAGUGCACAUGCAGUCAGGGAGGAGUACUGAGCUGCAAGAACUUUCAGUGCAGCUCUAGCUCUGUUUGUGCCUUGGACAAUAAUGGCGAACGCUACUGCAAACCUGAGAGUUUUGACAAGUGCAUAAUUUCUGGGGAUCCACACUACCGCACCUUUGACAGGUUCAACCACCACUACCAAGGCCCAUAUACAUAUGUACUAACCAAGGAUCAUAAUCUACCCAGCGUCCUCACGCCCCUUACCGUGAAGGGUAAGAAUGUCCGAAGAGGUGGCAACAGCCGUGUCUCCUACCUGCACGAGGUUUAUGUGGAAGUGUAUGGUGUCAGUGUUCGCAUGCUCCAGAAGAAGCGACUGCUGGUUAAUGAUGAGCGUGUGUCCCCUCCACUGAGUCCUAACCAGGGUAUCAAGAUCUCCUUAAACUCCCGCUACCUACAGCUCUCAACUGACUUUGGACUUACCGUUCGCUUUGAUGGCAACUUGCAAGGAGAGGUGAUUUUGCCGAGCACCUACAGGACGUAUGUGCUUGGCCUUUGUGGGAACUAUGACAAACGCUCUAAUAAUGAGUAUGUGAAGCCUGAUGGCAGCCUCACCCGCAACCUCAAUGAGUUUGGAGACAGCUGGAGAGUGAGUGACAAGCAAGGGGAGGAGUUUCACACCACAGACCUGCCCCAGCUCACCCGUUUGCACAAGAGAGAGAUUGAAGGAGAUUUGGACUCAGGCUUUGAGACAUUCAGAUGCACUGCUGCUCAGCUGGAGGAUCUGAAAGGAAAUAAACAGUGUGGAGCAUUAAGUGACCCUUCAGGACCAUUUGCUCCCUGCCACAGUACCAUUCUGCCUGAUCAGUUCGUGGAGGACUGUGUGUUCGACUUGUGUGCAGAGCAGAGCAAUUCCACACUGCGCUGUGAGAGCUAUGCUGUUUAUGCCCUGGCUUGUCAGGAGCAGGGAAUUAUAUUAGGGCCUUGGAGAACACAACUGGAGUGUGGUCUGUCUUGCGGUGCCAACAGUGGCUACACAACCUGUAUGACUGCAUGUCCAGCAUCAUGUGCUGACUUAGCAGCACCUUCAGAGUGUGAGCAGACUUCGUGCUUGGAGGGUUGUCAGUGUAAUCCUGGAUUUACCAUGAGUGGCGAAGUGUGUGUUCCUUACAAUGAGUGCGGAUGCACCUUUUUGGGCCGUUACUACACUCUGAUGGAGACAUUUGUGACUGAGGACUGUGCUCAGACCUGUGAAUGUACACCCACUGGUUCUGUGUGCCAGCCCAAAGGGUGCAAAGACAACCAAGUCUGUACCAUCUACGACACUUUACGUGAUUGCUACAACUUGAACCCAUGCACAAGCUCACCUUGCCUGAAUGGUGGUACUUGUGUUGAGGGCACAGACAUCAGCUACACCUGCUUAUGUCCAAAAGGCUUUACAGGGAAUAACUGUGAGAAAAAAGUAGGCCUAGAUCAGACAACCAUUAUUCUGAUUGGAGUCUUGGUACCACUUGCAGUAAUCGUCAUUGUCACAAUAAUUGUGUACGUCUGCAAGAAAACAAAGAGGCACAGAAAAAACAGUUAUGACACCAGUAGCAGUAACAGUCUACCAUUGGAAACAGAUCUUCCCUAUAAAAAUUUGGAUAAGAGCAGAAAGAGUAUCGACAGCACAGUGAUGAAAUCGUCCUCAUUCUGAACCGUCCA